UUUUCUGCCACACCCAGGAUGGUAACCGCACUGUGACUCCGGCAGUCGGCAGAUUGGCUGAGAAUGCAAUCCAUCAGCACGACGAGUACGAGACGGUUGCUGGGUAGCAGGGUAGGCUGUAGCGAGCUCCCUAGUAACACAGAGUGGAGGAGGGUGAGGUAAUUCUGAGACGAUUCUGCUGCACCGAGACAGGCACACUGGCAACAAAGAUUUGUGGUUUAACGGAGGAAAUAAAACAGAACGAAUGUUUAGAAUUUACAAUAACUAAAUAUAUCAGUUAUUAACUGGUAAAUAUUAAGCAUACAAAGGCGAACUGUUACUUUACGUCUGAACUUUAGAAGCUAAUAGUGCCUGCCUGUUCGCUCGCUUCUGCUUGAAUAUUGCAAUCAUGUCCGCGGGAGGAGAUUUCGGGAACCCGCUGAGGAAAUUUAAGUUGGUGUUUUUGGGAGAGCAGAGUGUUGGGAAGACUUCAUUGAUCACCAGGUUCAUGUACGACAGUUUUGACAACACCUACCAGGCAACAAUAGGAAUAGAUUUUUUGUCAAAAACCAUGUACCUGGAAGACAGAACAAUCAGGUUGCAGCUCUGGGACACUGCGGGUCAGGAGCGCUUUCGUAGCCUCAUUCCCAGUUACAUCCGUGAUUCAGCCGCAGCUGUAGUAGUUUACGAUAUUACAAAUGUUAACUCUUUCCAACAAACAACAAAAUGGAUUGACGAUGUCAGAACGGAGAGAGGAAGUGAUGUUAUCAUCAUGCUGGUGGGGAAUAAGACGGAUCUUGCAGACAAAAGGCAAGUAUCUAUCGAGGAGGGGGAGAGGAAAGCCAAAGAGCUGAAUGUAAUGUUUAUUGAAACUAGUGCUAAAGCAGGAUACAAUGUAAAACAGCUUUUCCGACGUGUAGCAGCUGCCUUGCCUGGGAUGGAAAGCACACAGGACAAGAGCAGAGAAGACAUGAUCGACAUAAAACUGGAAAAGCCCCCAGAACAGCCAGUCAGCGAGGGAGGCUGUUCCUGUUAAUAUCAUGUAUCUUAUCUCUCUCUUUCUUUCUCUCUCUAUUUUUCUCUCUCUCUCUCAUUAAAUGCCACUGCUUCUUCUCAUUUCCAUCGACUGCAGUGUGAAUAUCAGCUCGUACCUUUCCCUGUCGGUAUAAAUAUACAAAAAAGAAAAAAGAAAGUUGCAGUUUUAUUGCUGGCUGUCUCAUAUGGCCUAUUAGCAUCACAAGCACAAAACUGAAGAUUGUCAGUGUUGUCAUAUUUCCAAAAACAAAAUGCCAUAUUCCAACAGAUUUAGGCGCUUGCCUCUUAAGUGGUACAUUCUGUUUUGGGUUUAUUUAUUAAAAUACUGCACUUUUAAUGUGAAAGUCAUGAUCAGUUUGAAAAGUUUGAGUCUGGCUUUAGAACACACGCAGGGAUGAGUCUGUGUUCAACACUGAUUCACUCUUGAACAAUGACAGAAUCGACAGCUUUACAACAAAAUAAUUUUGUUUUGCAUUCUUUUUACUCUUUUAGUUAUUUAAACAGAAGGGUUAAAAAGAGUUCUAAAUUGCAAGUGCUGGAGAGAGAAGUUUUGAUACAGUAAUGGAAUCAUUAAGAAUAUAACUGUUACAUUUUUUAAAAAAUCCCUUUAAUUGAAUAAAUGACUUGCUGAUUGCAUAUUUGUAAAGCAGAGAUGUUUCAGCAUGUCAGACAUUUUCAAACAGCGAAACCUUAUUUAAAAAUACAAAUAGUUAGCAAGCUUGAAUACAUCAGGAGAGUUAUUAUUUUAAUGAAAAAAGUUUGUAAAGUAAGGGAAGUAUCAUUUGAUAUCUGAGAAAUUAUGCAGACAUUACUAUGCUUUUUUUUAGUUUACCAUUUUCUUAGGGCUUCCACUGGUUUUAUUUUUUGUUAGGUUUGUAUAGUUUGAUUUAACAUACCUGUGAUAAUAUAGUAUAGCGUUAUUUAACUAGUUUAUAUAAUUAACCCUUUCUUCUGUAAUUUAUUUCUGCAACUGGAUCAUUUAAAAUUAUUGUAAAACACAUUUUUUUUUAGGUUUUGGUAUUCUUUUUUCAGAAGUAAUCUUAGCUCCUCCCACCACCUAAAACACUGAAAAAAUAUAAUCCAUAACCCUUUCAAUCCCUUAUGUGUGUGUGUGUGUUUUUUUGGGGUUUUUUUUUUUAAGAUGCCGAUUUUACCUAAAACAAGUCUGCUGUGGUUUUUCUUUUAAUGAAAAGGUAUCACAGCUAUUAGAAACAAUGCCCAGGGCGUAUAUUAGCACAGCUUUAAUUUGUUGUGUCACACACACAGUCUUUCUGUCAUUCAUAGAUAAAACUGUUUUUAGUGACUGGCAAAAUAGCUUUUGGUAAAGAGUGAAAUAAUGUUAAAUUGUGCCUGGGUGACUGGUUUCAUUGCUGUUGUGCUUUCCUGUUGCUAUACAACUGGAUGUGUCGUUUUUGUUGUUAAUAAUAAUAAUAAUAAUAAUAAUAAUAAUGAUAUUAAAAAAAAAAAAGGUUAUUUGUCGUCCAUAAAUAUCAAAUGCUUGUAGGAGCCAUGCGUACUACACAUGGAAGUUCAUUAGCCUUUACCUUAAACUAAAACACAGUGGCUUUUCCUGCUUGACAGAUCUUAAGAACAUAAAGUUUACAAAUGGGAGGAGGCCAUUUGGCCCAUCUUGCUCAUUUGGUCAUUAGUAGCUUAUUGAUCCCAGAAUCUCAUCAAGCAGCUUCUUGAAGGAUCCCAGGGUGUUUGCUUCUUAACUACCAUUUCAAUAUACAUAGUGCUGCGGCUUGGGUUUCUUCUAUGAAAUCGGUGUGUAAAUUUUUGCUACUUUUUUUUUUUUGUACAUUUUUAAAAAACCUUACGCAAGUAAGAACAGCAUUUCUUUUGAGAAACAAGCAAACACUAAAAACAUUGUUCAGUUUGGCCCUUCAUGAAAGGAUGUUCACCACCUAGUCUAAAGCAUGACCUCUUAAUAAAAUCUUCUUGUACACUGAAAACAAAUAAUGUAAACUUUGUGAAGGUAUUUCUAUCAGAAUACUAACACUGUCUCUUCCAUUUGUAUGUGUGAUUCAUAGUGUGUAUGGGAUACUUCUUCACUCAUAAGCUGAGCUGUCAAGGCUUCUGUGUCAGAGUAGUAAGCAUUUAGAGUAGUGCUAGGGGUUUUGAAACAGGUUAUAGCACUCUUUGGCUUGACUGUUGUACCAGUGCAACUGUUUGUCCAUUUAAUGAUUUUCUGUAUGUCUUGAAAAAUAAUAAUAAAAAAAAGAACAAAAAAAUAAAUAAAAACUGGAGCGCCAACCAGAUGUACUUGAAAGAAAUUGAAAAGCAAAGUCUUGUCAAUGAAACACCACAAGUACCUCGGCCUCUGUUUGAUAAUGUUAAUACCCAAAGCCUGAACAAAAUAAACACCUGCCUAUUCAAUUAU